AUGAACUUCCUUCUAGCAUUGUUACUAAUAUUUCCCAACAUUGCCGCGUAUUUCGUCUCACAAUGGAAAUCGUUACGAGAAAAUGUGGAAAUCGUUUCCGAUGUCGGUCCUGGAAAUGAGAAGAGAUUUUUAUAUUCACACAAUAGUGAUGGACCACUGUUCCUAUUCGUUACUCCAUGCAGUGGUUCCGUGCAUUGGAGAUUGUACGAGUUUAAAGGAGAUCUUUCGCAGCUUUCACCAGAUGAAUCCUUGGAUUCGCCUCGGCUUGAGCUUAUAGCUGGCCAAGAAGACGAUCGUCGUAUGACUUUCUUCAAACAACAUGUCUAUAAAGGACCACUUCUUCUGGUUCUGACCUCGUCAGCGCCAUCAUCAGCUCGCCUCUAUCUUUCACAUUCACAAGAUGAAAUGGAUGCAUUCUAUCCACCGUUGCCUCAUGACACUCGGCUAGCACAUGCCGUUUCGAAGAAUGUUGAGAAUCCUGACACGAAUCAGGUGCUGAUCACAUGGAAAGCAGCCGAGCGUGUGAGAGACGCUGAAGCCAAUCGCUAUCGUUUCUGUGCGAUCGUAUCGCGAAAGGUUCCCGAUUGGGCUGUGUGUGGAGAAUUAGACGAAGGCCUCGAGUCCAUCCACUGUGCUCCGCAGACAAACAACUCAAUGAUUAUACAGAAAUUACGAUCGGGAAAGCGCUAUUACAUAACACUAUUCGUUCGAGACUCUCUUCACGGCAGCACUUCUUCCUAUGAACCUCUCGAGGUGAAUCUGAAAAAGACACCGGAAAAAGCGACCGCUGAAGCGAAAAUUGAUGAGGGAAGAAAUCUUCACGAUGCUGUUCUUGAAAACGCAUAUCUUCCGCCGAAAAAGGGCUCAACAAUGGAUUAUCAGUUCGUAGUUUCAGACAAUGCAACACAAAAUCAUAAGGUUCUGCUCAUAGUUCAUGCAUGUGAUGGAUACGUUCGAAUGUCAGUGUUCAGAAAUGGAAAGCUGUUAAAACGAAGCGAACCAUUCUCUGGUUUUAGACGAUUCCUGGUAGUAAACGUGCACUCUGGCCAGCUUCGAUUUCAAAUUGCCAACGACGAUGCCAAGGCUAAAAAUGUCCAUCUAUGGGCGAGCACUCAUUCCGAGAAAUCGCCAUAUCCAAAACUGCCCGAGGAUACGAGUGUGAAAGCGGUUCGUCGUACUUGCUCCACGGCAACAUUGCAAUGGUUGCGGUCAGCUGACGAACAUGCUCGAUACUGCAUUUAUAUGCGUCAAGAAAAGGCUAAUUAUCUAGAGGAGCUGGUUAGCAAGGCCAACAACUUGUGUGAAGGUGGCCUAGAAUCUUCGGAGCUGGUUGGAUGCUAUACUCACCGUGGCCCGGCUGAACCGCUUCGCGAUGACUACAUUGGUCUUAUCGAAACUACCGUAACCGAGCUGGAGCCGGCGAAAACUUAUCGAUUUGAUCUACUGGCCACGCCUCUCGGUCGCGCACAAGCACAAUCGUUACCGUAUCGAACGGUAUGGGUACGAACAGCGGUUUCCUGUUAGGGUACAUAGAAAACUGUGACGUACUCCCAUUGUAUAUAGUUGACGUUAGUUUUCUGAUGGAUAUCGUACCCCGGGGUACUGUACCUUUACUGUAGGAGGCGUCGACAUUUUUUUAAAGUUUUUCUCUUCUUUUACUCCAAAAACUUCUCAAAUUUCACUAAUUUUAUAACUUUAUUUUAAUAACGUGUUUCCACUUUCUACUUUCUCUCUCUAGACAGCAAUAGUCUCAAGUAAGUUCAUCACGUACUCUUCGGUGAUGAUCUUCUCCUGUUAUUUCGAUCUCUUUCGUCUUUCAUUCCAUUUUUUCUCGUUAACGAUAUAAUUACAUUGCGAUGAUACCGGUAUUUUUUAUACUAGUCAUGUUAGCGGUGAUUUUAGAACUGCGUAAGUGUU